AUGAUUUCGGAUUUUCUCGUUCACCAUCCGAGUGGACCGUUUUUUGAGCUUAGUGAAGAUGAAUGGAAACAAGCGGUUGCAAAAUAUAAGUCAUUAAAUGACGAUGCUGAUGUUAAUUAUAUUCGUCGAACAGCAACAGCUAGUAUUAAUAUCGAAACAGACGCUUACUUCGAUAAUGAUAAGAUCUUAAGUCAGUUUGAAAGACUUUUUCAAAUGCUAGAAUUUAAACAAGAAUACAAGAAUAAUCAGAUAGAAAUCAUCGUGGACAACGCAAGAACCCAUACUGCUAAAGCAUAUUCAUUACAUAAUUUUGGUAAAAAUAUCGGUACUCGUUGUCCAGUUAAACAAAUUGAAUAUAUCGAUGAAAACGGCGCAAUAAAAGUUAUUGAUUGUUAUUUUCAACGUGGAGAAACUAAACAUAAAUCAAAAGGUUUAGUUGAAUUAUGUAAAGAUCUAGGUAUUCAAUUACCAGAUAAAGCUAAGUUAAAGGAAAUUCAUGAAAUACUUUCAACACAUCGAGCGAGCGUUUCAAAAUGUAAGUGA